ACUGCAUACGUCAUCAAAACGCGCGGAGAGAACUAUGCUCGUGCGACUCGAGAAAUAGGCGCUUCAGAUGGUCAUUUGAUUCUAAUUAAAUAUUCGAGAAUGCCUAUGAAAGGAAGGUUUCCGAUCAGGAGGACGCUGGAGUACCUCAGGAAGGGCGACAUCAUCUUUAAAAACCGAGUGAAGAUCAUGACGGUCAACUACAACACAAGCGGAGAGCUCAGCGACGGAGCAAGGAAAUUUGUUUUCUUCCAUAUCCCUCAAAUUCAGUACACAAACCCGUGGGUCCAAAUAAUGAUGUUCAAAAACAUGACGCCGUCGCCGUUCUUGAAGUUUUACCUGGACGAUGGUGAACAGGUGCUGGUGGACGUUGAAGGAAAGGACCACAAAGACAUUGCACGACACAUAAAGAAGAUUUUGGGCAAGUCAGAGACCGUGUUAGAGGCAGAGGCACAAGCCAAGAUGCAGGCCUCCAACCCUGCUAACUUUGGGCCAAAGAAGUAUUGUCUGAGGGAGUGUAUCUGUGAGGUGGAGGGCCAGGUGCCUUGUCCUGGAACCACACCUCUGCCGAAAGAGAUGACUGGCAAGUAUCGGGCCCAGAUGAGAGCGGAACAGGAGAGCUGAGAAGAAAUGCAGAGUUGUCAGAGUGGUCCUCUGCUGUAGGAACCUAUGAUGUUGAUAUCUGAUAUCCCUAAAUAGAGGAUAUGACAUCAUGCUUUGAGUUUGUAUGUGAUGUUGACAAAUCCAAAAAGGUGGAUUCAUGUAGACGCCUGACGAGUCUUGCCUUCAUCCGGCAAUGUGCACGUCUUAAAAACAUACCUGUGGAAAAACAACAUACAGGUGGUCCUCAGGUUCCCCUCCAGUGAUGUAAGUCAUAACUUGUAACAUUGUUAUUAAGACUCACACUGCACACAGAACACAUGGAGGACAUAAAAUACAGGAACAAAACACCAAAUGCAAGAAUUAAAUUAAAGUAAUACAAAAAUAAAUUCCAUCUCAAUAAUAAUAAAACUGAUUGCUUGAUUACUGUCCCUUUCAGACGAUCAGUAUGUGUAUUGUACUGUAUGUGUAGCUUUUUUAAAUUUAUUACUGGCAGUCUGGGAACAAAACAGUGACACAAAACUCCGUAAACUGAGGACCACCUGUACUUACACUGAAAAACAAUAUAUUUAGGGAAAAAAAGAAACAAACCAUUUUACUUGUUUAUUCUUGCUCAGAUGUUAAUAAAUUUGUCCAAAUGUUA